AUGGUUUGCAUGUGGGUUGGUACUAAUUUUGUCAAAAUGGCUCUAUUUUGGAAAUGGCAUUAAGACACUACUGGAGGUCAAUAAAGCUUUUCAACAGUAAGUUGUGUUCUAUAUUCGGGUAUUUUUUAGGUAUAAUCCGUUCAAUGUCGACGCCGGUAAACUUUUUCACAAUGGUCGAUUUUUACGGAAGACGUCUUCGUACCACCACGAGUAGGUUUAAUGUUGGUAUUAAAUAACGUUUCAGGGCUAUAUUUGCGAUUGAAAGCUACUUUUCGAAUGAAGGUGUCUACAACCUUGCUAAUGCUUGUUGUCAAGUAUCGUUGUACUUGACUGUACUCUAUUACGGCUUCAUUAUUAUGCUUAGCAAGUAUAUGGCUGACAAACCAGCUUACUCGUUGAAGGCACCACUUUUUGCUUGGAAUGUUGGUCUAGCCGUGUUUAGCACUUUUGGUGCUUGGAGAAUAGGACAGGUAGGUAAUGAUGAUUUAUUGUGGUAUUUUCUAGGAAUUUUUCGCUCGGUUACAAAUUGAAGGGUUUACACAAACUGUUUGUUUGUUGCCUAACGAGUUCACUCCUACUACCUUCUGGAUGAUCGCUUUUGCGCUGUCGAAGAUCGUGGAAUUUGGCGAUACUGUUUUUGUCGUUUUGAGGAAGAAACCUCUUAUAUUUUUACAUUAUUAUCACCAUGCGGUUACACUAGUGUAUUCUUUCCACUCUGGUAAUCAUUUUUACUGUUUUCUUUUAUCAUAGUCCUUUUAGCGUUUUACGAUUAUGUCAUCAUUUCAUCGUAGUGUUGUAGUAUUUUUACUGGUAUUUAAAUUUAGGAGCUCACGUGUCUUCUACUGGUGUAUUCUUUGCGUGGAUGAACUAUACAGUUCAUACUGUCAUGUACGCUUACUACGCCGUAAGUGCCCUAGGUGUUCGGUUGCCUAAGAAGCUGGCUAUGUGCAUUACUGUUCUACAAACUAUCCAGAUGUUCUUUGGGGUUGGUGUCAGCUGUUAUGCGUUUUACUUGAAAGCGUUUACAAAUCACUUGUAAGUACUGUUUUAAAGGAGUAUAUACUUUACUUUAUUUAGCUGCCAAGUCAGUCUACCCAACUUGUAUUUGGCAUUCUUUAUUUACGUAACAUUUGCCGGAUUGUUCUUACAAUUCUUUUAUGGAGCAUAUGUGAAGCGGACGAAGAAAGUAAAAAAAUCAUAA